AGGGUAAUAGAAUUCCAAUCUUGGCCGGCUUUAAUUUGACGGAGAUGUGGCUGUGCAGGUUUUUGCAUCUCUCAGAGCGACGACGACGGGUCGAGGUCCUUCCAUCCCUUCCCAGUCUCUCACCCUCCGCAUGCGGUCAGGGCAAUGCUCUGGAAGACGGAAUCCGUCUCUCCUUGAGUUCGGAAUGUCUAUUUUUUCAUUGGGCCUUUCGGAAUUUGGUAGCAGUAUAAGCGACAUGUCCUUUACUGCUCAUUAUCCGUUAUUGGCAUGGCAUCCACUAUCAUAACGUGUUCCAACAUGCGACUGGAACGUUUUUUCGGGUAUAAAAACGGUACAUAAUGGAGCUCCCUGAAAAUGUGGCUCAGCUCUUGUCUGUCUCGAAGAUCCUACUCUUGCAGGCCGUCGAUGUUCUCGACAAUCACCUCACGUCUGAUGAGCAGCUGACUGUCAAUUCUCAGUACUUGCAUGGCUCAACAAUAGGCAAGCAUAUCAGACACGCGAGAGAUCACUUUGAGCUUCUACUUGCAUCUAUCGCAGCCCCCCCACCCUAUGUCCUUUGUUAUGACACGAGGAGUCGCAAUACCCCCAUGGAAAGCAGCCGUUCAGCAGCAAAGGAUUCUCUGCUAGAAACUAUUCGUCUUCUGGAAGAAAAAGUGCCCACCGUCGAUUUUCAGGCGCCCAUAACUCUCAAUGCCGUUACCCCACACAUACAGACCUUUGAAACAACAUUCGGGAGAGAGCUAUGGUUUGCAGGGCUGCAUUGCAUUCAUCACUGGUCCGUGGUUCGUGUGAUGGCAGGAGAGCUGGGUAUCAAAUUAUCGGAUGACUUUGGCUUUGCCCCUUCUACUUUACUUUACCAAGACCGCGUGGCACCUUUAGGCGUGGCCAAGUAUUAGACUGUCUUGAUUUUUUCCCCUCAUUUUCUUGUUCUGCUGCAGCUGUAUUUAAUAAGGUCCCGGUUGUACAUAUAAUUCUACAUGAUCGACUGUUGAAAUUUGAGAAG